AUCACAUCUUCAGAUCAUUCCCAUCAAGAUAUCAAUGUCACCACUGCAUCACAAGAAAUGGAUGGUGGUGGUGCAAGUACAUCAUUAGCUGCUUUAUUUGAAGGUAACGAAGAAGAAUAUGAUAAUGGUGUUUUAACUACUUUGCAAAGUAAAUUAGAUGAGUUGAGGUCCGAUCUAACACGUGAAGAAAAGGAAAUUCAGGGACAAUUACAAUUGCUGGAGUCACAUGGCAAGAAGUGCAAGAGAAAGGUUGCCCUUUGGUUGAAUGAAAUACAAAACAUCAAACAAAGAGCUAUUGAUAUGAAAGAUUCCCUGAAUCAGUUUGGGUGCUCUGACUUUUAUGUGCCACAAGGAGAAAUGUAUUCGGCUGAAGAAUCACAAAAGAAAAUAGAACAUUUGACUGAAGAAAUUCAAAAGCAUAAGAAAUUGAAGCCUCUGGUGUUGUCUAAUGAAUAUGUUGGUAGGAAAUUUGAGAAAAAUGUUGAGACGUUGUGGAAGCUUAUGAGAGAUGAUCGAGUUUUCAUCAUUGGCAUAUAUGGAAUGGGGGGAGUGGGGAAAACAUUCCUAGCAAAUUACAUGCAGAGUGAGAUAAAAAGGACCAAAACUUUCGAGGAUGUCUUAUGGGUCAAUGUUCCUCGUUAUUUUAACCUUGACAAUUUGCAAGAGUUGAUUGCAAAAAUGAUAAAGGUAAAGUUUUACUACACCUAUAAUGAGACGGAUAGAGCAAUCAUUUUGGCCAAAGAGUUAGAAAAAAGAAAAAACAUAAUACUUAUUUUGGAUAAUGUUUGGAAAUAUGUUGAUUUAGAAAUGCUGGGAAUUUCUCUUAGAAUAAAUGGUAUUAAAUUGAUCAUGACAAGUAGGUUGAAAGAUGUCUUCCAACAGAUGGAUUGUCUGUCAAUUAAUAUAAUAGAAGUGAAGCCUUUCUAUUAUUAUCAUCAUUAUAAUUCCUGUGAUAUUUAUUAUCGUAAUGAUUAUGAUGAUGAUUCUGAUGAAGAUGACGAUAAAUAUGAUGAAGCUUGGAAGUUAUUUUUGCUGAAACUUGGAUCCUAUGGGACACCCUUAACACUUUCCCCUGAAGAGCGGAAUAGUGCAAGAUAUGUUGUAAAGGAGUGUGAUGGUUUACCCCUUGGAAUCAGUGUGAUGGCUCAAUCCAUGAAAGGGAAAACUAAUAUCCAUUGGUGGAGACAUGUGUUAAAUAAAUUUGACAAAUUGGAAAUGGGAGUAGAGAUGCAGCAAAAAGUUUUCACUACAUUAAAACAUAGCUAUUAUAAUUUAAAUGAAGAGGACUGGCAAAAGUGUUUCUUGUACAUUGCAUUCCUACCUAAUUUUAUGCAUAGAAACUCUUUGAUUCAGAAGCUUGUUGAUACAGGACUAUUAGAGCAAAACAGGAGUUUGCAACAAAUAUUUGACGAGGCAAAUGUCUUAGUGGAUAAGCUCGUUAACGAUUCUUUAUUGGAGGCGAACAAGGAGAAGGAAAUAAAGCAUCUUUCAUCAAAUAAAAAUGAUUUGGUUCUAUCAAUGCAUGGUUUAGUGAGGAAAAUGGCGUUGAAUAUCUGGAAGGAGAGAGUCAGUAACAUGAUGAUAAAAUGUAAUGGAAAUAUGACAAAAAUACCUUACACUGAUAAAUGGGCAAUUGAUUUGGAAGUAGUUUCUCUUGCUCAUAACAAUAUACAAGUAAUUCCAGAGAGCACAUCUCCAAAUUGUCCACGUCUCUCGACCUUGCUUUUAUUUGAAAAUUCCAUUGACCAUAUUCCAGAGUGUUUCUUCGCUCAGAUGAAUGCUCUAAAGACACUUGAUUUAUCAAAAAAUAAAUCCUUAACAUGUUUGCCUCGUUCGCUAUCUAAUUUGAGGUCUCUCACUUCUUUAAUGCUCCAUGAAUGUUCAGAAUUAAAGGAUAUACCUCCACUGGGAGAGCUACAUUCAUUGUUAAGGUUACAGAUUUCAAGUUGCUCCAUCAAAGCACCACCGCAAGGUUUGGAAAAUCUAAUAAACUUGAAAUGGCUAGAUCUAUCCAUGAAUAAGAAUUUGAAGUUAGUACCAGGAAGUUUUCUCCCUAGUUUGACAAAAAUUCAUUACCUUGAUCUUUUGGGUUGUGCAGGAGGUAUAGGAGUAGAAGAUGUAAAGGGUAUGACUAUGCUGGAAUGUUUUGCAGGAACAUUUAUCCUUCAGGAUAAUUACAAGGAUAAUUUCACCCGUUAUGUGCAAGAAAUCUUAGACAGUGCUAAUGGACUUCAAACUUAUUUCAUUAAUCUAGACAAUAAGAGUAAGAUGUCUACUUUAAUUGAAUAUCCUUUUUCCAGAUUUAAGGAUAGAACUAUGGGUUUUAGUGAUUGCAAGGAAUUGAGACAUUUUCUCCCGAGAGAUCUUCUGAAAUUAGAAUUGAAGUACAAUGAUUAUUGGGUAUGUUUAUGUUAUGGUCUGUUAUCAUGUGGUAAUUCUCUUUUGGAGGAAAUUCGCAUUUAUGAUUGGAAAAAACUCUGGAGCUUGUUUUGUUCAUCUUGUUACUUAUGCACCAAUUUGAAAAACCUUCAAUCUUUGAACCUUAAUUGUUUGGAGAGUUUAACUGUCAUUUGCCAGAAAUUGCCUGAGAGUGACAUGUUCUCUCAUCUCAAAACCUUGUGUGUCCACAAAUGUCAUGAAAUGAAGAUUUUGCUGACAUCAAAAUUUGUGCAACAACUUCAAAAUCUAGAGUCUAUAACUGUGUCACACUGCAAUUCAAUUGAACAAAUAUUUGAAGAUGAAGAAGAUGAUGAAGGUGAUAGUAACAAAAUUAUACUACGUAAGUUGACCUGGUUGAGCAUCACAUAUUUACCGCAACUAAAGACCGUGUACAAGGGAAUUUUAAUUUGUAAAUCUGGAUUUAAAUCCUCCAUAGAUAAUUGUCCCCAAUUAUGUAAACCCGGAACAGAGUAUGUGGUUUCAUGAUUGUCCCAAAUUCAAAUUAAGUGAACCCAAAAUAUGAUUGUGAAAUUGUUUUAGGAAUUUUUCUUUUAUUCAAUACUCUAUGCUUUUCAGAAGUUUCAUUCAAAUAGAAAAAUGGCAAGUGCAAGAUGUUUUCCUUUUUUUCUGUUAUGUGUGGUGGUGAGAUCUUUGUCAUCAAGAUUGUAUCAAAGAAACAUUUCCAAGAAGUUAGAAAACAAAACCAGACACCAAGCUUCAGAAAUUCAGUUGAUAUAAAAUGCAAAUCUAGAUUAUUUAUACACCAAAAAAAGAGAGACUGUUCUUAUUAAAAACUGAAACUAUAACAGCAUAAGCAUCAAUAAAAAAGGUGAAAGAUGAGAUUUUAAUAUCACUCUAGGGCAUUGCUGAAUAAAAAGAAAUAUCCAGGUGAAAGAAAAGCACAUUAAAAAAGAUGUCUCCUUAUUAUUUUGGAGGCUAAGAGUAAGAAAAGAGUGUAGGAAAAGGUGUGAACGCAGGUAGAUAGCAUGCAAGAAGGAAGAGAGUUGUUAUGAGCAUGACACACAUAGGU